AUGGCCUCCGCCGACGACCUCUCCCGCGCCGAGUACCCGGGAAUGCUUGCGAACCUGCAACCCACCCAGGCCGUGCAAGCGCUGUCGGACCGGGUCAAGCGGAUCACAAGAGCCAACCAAGAGAUCGCAGAUUGGCUUCAGGAGCGCAGGAGAGUCGAAGAACAAUAUGUUGCUGGCCUCCGUAAACUGUUGGUCUACAAGGUGCCGAGCGCUGCAACGGAGCUUGGCAUCUUCCAGGCCCCAUGGGACAAGAUUCUCAGUUCUACCGACGGCAUUGCUGCCUCACACCAGCUGUUCGCCCAGCGCAUCGACAAAGACGUCGAGUUUUCCCUCCGGAACUUCCAGAAUAAGAAGGAGAUGCAGCACAUGCAAACCAUCAGCGCGAAUCUGAGUACAAUGGCCAAGGAACUGGAGGACGCUACCGAGAAGUCGGAAAAGCUCAGCAGGAAGGGAGGCAGGGCCAACGCGCAAAAGGUUGAUCAGGCCGCGGCAAGACUCGAGUCGGCGACCCAGACAUGGGAGUCACAAGCGCCCUUCAUCUACGAGACCCUCCAAGCUCUGGAUGAGCAACGGAUAAACCAUCUACGUGACGUCUUAACGCAAUUCGAGACCCACGAGAUUGACCAGGCGACACGGACCCAAGCCGCCGCGGAGGAAGUGCUCAACGUCAUGCUCGAGAUCAACACUGAGCAGGAGAUUCAAAACUUUGUGCAGAAAACCACUGCUGGGAAGCCAAAGAUCGAGAGGAAGUCGACAACGACACGGCAACCGACCCCUGUGACCCCAACCGCCGCACCCCCGAGCAUCACCGCGGACGACGUCAGUGAGCAUUCGGGCCAAAGGGAGAAUCCUCCUGAAUCAAAGCUGCGAAGUCGGAUUGGCACUAUGCUCGGCCGUCGGCGACAGAGUAUCCAUGGCGGCUUCGGCCAACUCGGCUCCCCUCCAAAGAGUCUCGGCUCCUUCUCACGUGGCAUCGGGAGCAGCCAUAGCCAGACGUUGUCUCCUCGGGCCUCAUCUCACAAUUUGGCCGACUCGCAGCACAGGCUACCGUCGCUGGCCGAGAGCCCAACAGCGGAACAAGGGCGGAGGUCCACCGCCGAGACCGAACCGGCGAAGAAGUCUCAUGAAGGCACAAACGGGGUUACUAGCGGGGAAGCAUCCAAGGACAACCAGACCUCACAACCGAGCCUCCUUAACGGAACCGCCGAAGACAUCUUUGACGCAAACCCGCCAUCCCAGCCACAGCAGAGCAAAGAUGAAUCGGGCAAGGAUGCCGAGGGUUUCACAAUACCACCAGAGAUGAAUGACCCCAUCUCCCAGGCGCAGCGAGAAGCGGUAGGCGAGGAAGGCGACCAUAUGUUCAAGUUGAACAUUCAAAACGAGCCUAUCCCUGAGGAAGACCAGGAUGCGAAACAAGCAGCCUUGUCCAGCGUUGCGAAUGCCCUGAACAUGGGAAUGCCGUCACGGAAGGCAGGGACCGUCCGGGGCCGGAGAGAUGUCCGGAACACUGUUUACAUGCCGUCUUUGCCAACGCAGGAGCUCUCUUCCGAGAAUCCUUUCCCGGUCUCGCCUUCAUUGCCAACGAGUGCGACGGUGCCAAAGCUCCCGCCAUCUAUGACGUUUUCUUCCGAGACAAGCCAUGCUUCGGAUACUCAGUCUAUCCGAUCCGGCACCUCGUUCGGCGGCACAUCGUCGUACAACAGUGUGGCCCGGUUGAAGCAUCCCGAGAUGCAUGGACCUUCAUACGGUCCCGGGUUACACUCCUCCAUCAUCGAGACCGUGUCUGCUACUUUCCAAGAUGGGGAACCAAACUCGGUUAAGGUCACUGGCGAGAUCGCGCUCGCCUAUGUGCCCGACCCCGAUGCCCCCUUUGCAGGUAAUACUCCCCCACCAGCUGGCAAUUGGCGCAAGCUCACCGUUGCAGACCAUGAAACGAUUCGUCUCAAUAAAUUCCCUCUCCUCGAAUCCAUUGGACCCAACCGCGUUUUCGUAACAAACACCACCGCCCCCGACGAAUUCUCGAUUGACCUGUCCCACCUCAACACCACCACCAGCGCCUUCACCUACCGCGUACAUGCCGACUCGGACACGGCCCUGGUAUCUCAAUGCCCCAUUGCGAUCCACCCCGUCUGGAAGCCCCAAGCCGACAAGCUUGGCCUCCUCUUGCAGUACCGUCUGAACCCGUCCUGUGCCUUCCCCCGGCCCGUCACGCUAUCCAACGUCGUCUUCGUCGCUACCUACGAGGGCGCUCGUGCAAGUGGCGUGCAGACCAAGCCCUCGGGGACCCACCUCAAGGACAAGCACAUUGUGUACUGGCGGCUCGGGGAUGUCACGCUGACGGACGACUGGGCUAAGAUCAUCUGUCGCGUCAUCGGCGAGCAGAACGCGGAGCCGAUGCCGGGCAAGGUGGAGGUCAGGUGGGAGUGGGCGCCUCCGGCUAAUAGCAGUGCGGACGCGGGCAGUGGGAUCUCGGUUGCAAGGCUGUUGCCUGAGGGGAAGGGUAAGGGCAAGGCGGUCGAAGUGGAGGACGAGGAUCCGUUUGCGGAUGCCACCUCGCCGCCGGCGUCGCCGGAUCUUGCGGCGGAGCAAGGGAGAGCGUGGGCCGAAGUACCGGUUGUGAGGAGGCUAGUUGGGGGGAAGUACGAGUCGAAAUAA